GUUGGCGGCAGCUAUGGCCUCGCUCGUGAAGAAAAUCAUCAGCACUGCGAAGGCCCCUGCUGCACUGGGUCCCUACAGCCAAGCAGUGCUGGUAGACCGGACGAUGUACAUUGCAGGGCAGAUAGGUAUAGAACCUUCUACUGGGCAGCUUGUCUCUGGAGGGGCAAAGGAAGAAGCAAAGCAGGCUCUAAAAAACAUGGGUGAAAUCCUGAAAGCUGCAGGCUGUGACUAUGGCAAUGUUGUGAAGACCACGGUUUUGAUGGCAGACAUGAAGGACUUCAAUGAUAUUAAUGAUAUUUAUAAACAAUUUUUCAAGACAAACUUCCCAGCCAGAGCAGCCUAUCAGGUUGCUGCUUUGCCAAAAGGUGCCCGAGUUGAGAUUGAAGCUAUUGCCAUUCAGGGACCCCUCCAAGAUGCUUCAGCCUGACUAUAAAUAGAGACUGAAUAUCCUACAACAGCAGUUUUAGAUUUAAUACUUCUCCUUUACAUCCUAGUCCUACAGUUGACUGUCAGCAGUUACAUGUAAUUGAAAUCACUAAACUUACCAAGGAAAGGUGCUUUCUUCUGGAUUGUGGCCUUGGAUUCUCUAAAAUACAAGCUUGCAGUGAGUUCUCUGCCAGCAAACCCUGAAACCUCUGGGACUCCUGCUAAUAUCAGCUGAGCUUGAUUGCAGGACAGGGCCGUUACUUUGUGAUGGUGACUGGAUAUUCAGGUAUUAAAGUAUACAUUUGGGUGAACGUAUGACAAUUAUGCUAUGGGUGAUCUGGACUUGGAAAACUGUAAUGACUUGUAAUAGCAGAUUUUUAGUAACUAUUUUAAAUAAGAAAAAAUGACAGAAAUAGGAAAACAAAACGCUUCAAUUGCUUAGUAUACAUCUUCACUUCCGUGGUUUGGGAAAUUUUGCUGUAUUUGUUUCUGAACUGUCUUAAACACUUUCUUCACAGAAUAGAUUACCGUUGGGACUUACUUACUCAUUUUGUUCAUACGGAAGCAAUUGCUUAAGAAAGUGAAUAUUACUUCAGAACAGCAUCAUUUUCUUCUUUCUGAAAUUAAAGUGCUAACUUCAUAAAUCAGUUGCAAAUUAAUCUCUACCUGUAACCUUUUUCACAGUCUUUUUCAUAGCAAUUUAACUUUAACUAUAUUUUGAUUUAAAAAAAAAACACCAAACAUUCCAAGUGUUAUGAGGGAAAAUAUCCUGUUUAAUGAGAAUAAAUGAUAAUUGCA